CUGGUUUUGCUUCUAAACUCCGCAUCAAAAAGAAGAAAAAGAAUCAAUCUUGAAUCCACGUCAGCUCGCCGCCGGCGACUCCACAACCACUGCUACAAGAGUUGAAGAGUCUUCCUAUACGUUCCCCUUCCAAUUUUCUGAAUUCUCCUUUUCUUUUUCUCUGGAAAAUAUGACGUGUGAAUCAGAAAUCAAGCUGUUCGGUAAGAUACUUCCGAUGGUCGUGUCCGGCGAAUCUACCGGCGCCGGUAGGUCUAGGAUUGAUAAUCGGAUUAGCACUGGGUUUGAUGUUGAUCAAUAUUUAGAGGACAAUAGAACAAGCAGUUCAGAGAAUGAUGAAGGAAGUGAGUCAAUUGACUACGAAAAUCAAACAGCUGACAAGGAUAAUAUAUCAGGAGAGCUCAGUAAAGACAAAUUGGAGGAGGAAGAUCAAAAUCAGAUGAUGGAAAUAUCAGAAGAUCCUAAGAUUUCAUCAGAAUCAGAUUACAGUCCUAAAUCUCCUACUGAUGAAGACCCUCAAACAGUAAAAUCUGCCGAGAAUGAAAAUGAACCAAAUAAUGCAACAGAUUCCCAGCAGACACUUAAGAAGCCAGACAAAAUUCUCCCAUGCCCUCGUUGCAAUAGUACGGAUACAAAAUUCUGUUACUAUAAUAAUAACAAUGUCAACCAGCCUCGUCAUUUCUGCAGGAGUUGCCAGAGGUAUUGGACUGCUGGUGGUACCAUGAGGAAUCUCCCUGUGGGAGCUGGUCGUCGCAAGAACAAGAAUCUUGCAUCUCAUUAUCGUCAUAUAAGUAUCCCUGAUGAUGUAUUACUAGCAGCACAAAUUGAAUCUCCAAAUGGAUUUCAUCAUCCUAUGUACAAACCGAAUGGCACUGUUCUCUCCUUUGGUCCUGAGUUACCGCUGUGUGAAUCUAUGGCCUCUGCUUUAAAUCCAGCAGAGAAAAGGGCACCGAAUGUGAUCCCAAAUGGCUUUUACAAACAGGAACACAGGAAUUCUUCGUGCAAAGGUGGAGAAAAUGGCGAUGACUGCUCUAAGGGAUCUUCCAUCAAGACUUCAAAUAUGAUGGUGGAAGGAGGUAACAGCAAGCCGCACGAGGCAGUUAUGCGUAAUAUAAACGGCUUCCUGUCUCCAGCUCCUUGCUUCCACGGAGUACCUUUCCCUUUUCCAUGGAAUGCUGCAGUUCCUAUGUCAGCUAUUUACCCCUUUGGAUUCCCUAUGCCGUUUUACCCUGCACCUUAUUGGAACUGCAGUGUGCCUCGUUGGAGUAAUCCUUGGCUGAGUCAACCAUGUCGAACGGAAAACGAGAAAGCAUCAGGUUCUGAUCCUAAUUCACCUUUAGGGAAGCAUUCAAGAGAAGGUGAUGAUCCUGAGGGCAACGAACCAGUCGAACAAAAGAGUUCAAAAAGGUCUAUUUUGGUCCCAAAAACAUUGCGAAUUGAUGAUCCUGAUGAAGCUGCAAAGAGUUCUAUAUGGUCAACUCUUGGGAUUAAAUAUGAUUCUGCUAGCAGGGGAGGAUUUUUUAAGGCUUUGCAACCAAAAAUUGAUGACAGAGACCACAAAGAUAAUACAUCUCCAGUGUUGCAUGCCAACCCUGCAGCCUUAUCUAGAUCCCUCGUCCUCCAGGAAAGAACCUAAACGUGCUGUCCUAUAAAACUCCAAAGAGUUCUUAAUGGUCAACGUUUGGAAUUUAAUAUGAUUCUGUUGGCUGAGUUUCCAGGUUACAACCAAAAAGUUGUGACAAAAUCAUAAAACCACAGCAUAUCCUGUAUUGCAUGCUAAUCUUGCAGCCUUAUCUAUGUCCUUCAGCUUCAAGAAGAGAGCCUAAAAUGAUGCUCUCGAAAAAUCUCCCGUUCAGCUCUCGCGAAAAUUGUUACCAGCUAUCCUGUGUUUCCUGCCUGAUGGACGAUUACAGUGCACAGAUCAGUGACAGAGUUGAGAAGGUUGUAGAAACUUGUGUUAAUAGUUUUCACUUUUAACAUUAAGAUCAAGUGGCUGGCCUGGUUGUACUUUGUGUGUUUUCUACUGUACAUACAUUUACACAGCUAACAAUAGAAGGGGAAGACAGAUAUAUUUAGAUGCACUAGGUGUAACAUAUUUGAAUCUCAAAGUUUGUUUGGAGAGCACCGCUCCCUGUAAACAUUUUUGUUGGUGGUUUAACUAACAAUGAACAUUUCUUUCAAAUUUCUGAAGUCA